GUCGGGCUUGUCAUUGCUCGUGCCAUGCUUCUGUUGUUGACAAAGAAGGUCCGACCUCGAUGAAAUUACUGCGAAGCUCACGGGGAGAAACGGAGAGAUGCGUAUGAAAGCUUAUGAAUUUGAACGAAAAGAAUUGCCCUUGCGCAGACUGACUGAUGGAAUUUUGAUUAUAGUUCGAUUGAUUUAUACGGAGCUCGAGCGAAUGCACUGCUGUCGGAUUAAGAAUACAUCGAGACGAAGCUUCAUAGGAAGAUUAGACGCAUCAUGUGGAUCAUCGAAGUCGUCGAUUUGGACCUGCAGCUGCCGGAAAACCGUGUGCCUCUUAUGGUUGGACGGCAACGGGAGCUGGCCGAGGUGAAUUACGGUGUCUGCUCGGGGCUUUUCGCCGAGCAAGCAAGACAUGCUCGUACAUGUCGAGUAAUCCGAGGACUUGUAGGGAUCGCUGAAUGCUCGUGAUGUCAGGAGGAUGGAGGUCGACCGCAGAGCAGGGUAGGUGAGGGGCCGGCUGUCAUGGGGACGACAACUCGGAGGAUCCAAAGGAUUAGCAUUGAAGGAGUGGAAGGCUCAUCUCCCCUGAGUGAGACGAGUUUCAGUAGAUGCUCCGAUCUCUGUACAUUUAUCGCGUGGCCUGUUUUCGAAGAACCCUGCAAUUCUGGCCUCGACAAUUCUGGAGUGGGCCGAACGCUGGACGCCAAACAUGAAUUUCCACUAAUGCCACCCCGACCCUGUUCCGCGGGGCUGACGGUAAACCUUCAAAUUUCAAAGGUAAACCGUUCGUGCGUUACCGUCCUUCGAAUCAAUCGAACUUAAACAUUUGAAUCUCUUUCAAGAAGCUCGCCUGCGAACGAAUAAGAGAUACAGGGCGCCAAACCGGAAACCCAAAGCGCUGCCUCGAGGUUCACUGGCGAUGCAGUCUCGACUCGAUCUUCUACGCUACGCGUGGCCACAUGCAGACCUGAGCAGCCAUUCCAUUGUUGCACAAGAUUGACUAUUAGUUUGCGAUUGUGGAGGUGGAAUUCUUGCCGUGAAAAGAGACAAGGGUAUUACUAUCGUUGCGUACUCUAAGAUGCUUGAAAUGUCUAUCUGUUGAUAGGGAAGCGGAAGAAGACAUCCAUCCUCUGGAGGAUGGAUGGUUCACAUCAACCCUGUCAUGAACCAAGAUUGGUGUGCGAACUCUUGAUUAUCUUAAAUUGAAUUAGGUUUUGAACAUCGAAAUUACUUAAGAUAUAUUGGGAAAUGAAAUGUUUAAUUAUUGGAACGAACAAAAACAGUCUGAUGUUUUGUUUUCUCUUUUGCGAAAACCAAAUGUUCUAGUAUUGACUUAUCUCUUCUUUCUCAUCAUAUCGAUCUGUGUUGCAUGAGAGAUGGGACGGUUAGGAAGCUCCUACAUGCACUCAAGGUUGUGCCACCCCUAGUCGCAGCAGCACGUUAUCUCGAGUUUCCAAGAGAGCGGGUUCGCGCCAGCGCUAGACUAGUACUACCUGGAAGCAUGAGUAGCAAUGUGUUUGCCCCAGUGCUGGAAGAGUAUUACGUUCAGCAGAAGCAGAGGAGCAACGCGUACUCGUCAGUGUUGGACGAGUAGUACUUGUAGCGGAAUCAGGAGGUGCCUAGUGGCAGAACUGCAUUUGGAAGUUGUGCAAAUGGAGUUCCAAGGAGAAGGCGACGCAAUGUAACUCCAAUUUCAUGGCAACGUAUUGCUUCUCUUACUACCACUAACAAAGUUAUGAUAAGAUGAUACAAUGAUUAAGAAAGAUAACAUUUCAGCUUUGGCCUUGGCCAUAUAUACAAAACAAUGGAUUCAAGCUAACCUUAACCCCAUUAACAUAGUUAGCUAAGAUACCUGCAACUUAACGUCUUAGUGCGCAACAAUGCUUCUUAAUGACAAUUAACAGUUUAUCGGGGUUGGUAUUGAUAGUACUCCAGUACAAUAUCCAAGUCAUAACAGUAACAAUUUACCAGUAUUGUAUUAACAAUACUGGUAAAUUGUUAAAUACCUAACACUGUUGCCCACUAGGACGAUUAUCUUAGCUAGCGAUGGUAGUGGUUUAAGGGUUAUAUUGAACCCACUUUUUUGUAUAUAUGGCCAAUGCCAAAGUUGAAAUGGUAUCUGUCUUAAUCGAACCUGGAAUCUAUACAUUCUUCUUCAUUUUGGACGUGGCAUUCUCUCCUCGAGAACAGGAACGACGGUUGUUGGCUCCCUGCUUUUUGUUACCGCUCUUGAUGAACAGAUGUUCAUCUUCGACUUGUUUUCCGCCUUCGAGCUCUAUACAGAUGUCGUCAUGCAUGAAGAUUAUCGCAAGUUCUGAUGUGGUGGGCAAUGCAGGUCGAUACAUUAAUGUAUUGAUAAGUAGUUCAUAAGACUCGGAAAGCGUCAUUAGAACGUGUUCAACGAACUCAGAAUCGGUGACAAACAAACCGAUGCAUGCAAACUUGUUAAGCAGUUCUUUCAGAUUCUGCAAAAACUUUGAAAUUGAACUACCCUCCUACAUCUUUAGAUUGGUCAGCUUUUUUCAUAGCAGCGACUUGCGUGAGUUAGUGUUGUUGUCAUAAAGGUUUUUCAGAACCCUCCCGCACUCAUCUGGUUUCGUGAUGUUGGAGAUGUACGGGAUGAGCUUGUCUCUCACUGAGAGUGCAAUCAUCAUCAAGGCCUUGUUCUUCAGUAGCUGCAACGCCGCAAUCUCAGCUCGAGUCGUCGGUGCUACAGUACUUGCAGGUGGGUCAACAAGUCUCCAUGUAUAUUCUGUGCUAAGCAUGUUACUCAUUUUAAAACUCCAGACACUGUAGUUACGGUUUCCUUUCAACUUGGAGCAAUCUUCCAUGGGAACAUAUCUAGAAGACAUUCUAACUUGUUUGACUGUUACACACCUCAUGGACUUGCUUCUAUUGUCUAACCACUAACUCGUUUCUGCUUCUGAAGUGUUGACUGAUCUUACUAGACUUCGAGGAAAAAGACUAACAACUGAGUGUGAGAACCUUGCUUUGAUACCAUG